AUUAGCGAAAACAGAAAUAAUAUGGCAUCGUCCUUUUGCAUCCACCAGGUCUCGGUGCCCUUCUACUCCUCUGCUAUUCAUCGGAAACGCAACACAGGCAACUGUUUCUUGAACAGACGUUCUCAAUUCGUUUCUCCCCAAACCCACACGAGGCUUGAAAGGAAACUCCAGCUUCCGUGCAAAUUCAGCAACAGCAAGAAGAAGAACUAUAAGCAACAGCUCCCAACAAGAAGACCCAAUUCGGUAGCUGUCGUCGUUGCCUUGCAAGCCAACUUCCUAAGAGUUCUUCAAACAGUGUGGCGGGUAGCAAAGGAUGGAAUUGAGGCUGGGACCAAUCUUGUGCCUGUUUCUGUUCCAAGACCAAUAGCAAGGGUUGGUAUAGCUGGGGUUGGUUUGACCAUUUCUCUCUUUGUGCUCAAGUCAUUCCUGUCUACAGCAUUUUUUGUACUGGGCACAAUGGGGUUUAUAUACUUUGCAUUCAUAGCCUUGAACAAGGACGAAGGCCCAAAAGGUGGUGGAGGGCCUGGUGGCACCACUGGUGUGGAUGAUUCUUUAGAAGAAGCAAGAAGGAUAAUGGAAAAGUACAAGUGACAGAAAGUACAGAAGAGUCGGGAGAUUACCGAUUCUUUUUCUCCUGCAUUGUGCUGACCCGGAGAGAGUUAUGGAUAUGUCAUAACAAAGAGAACUUCCCAUAUUGGAAAUGUAUAGAUCUAUUUAUUUAUGCACAUUUGCUCUUUCUUUCUUUUGCUGUAGAUGUUCCUGGCAUGUGUGUUUUUACUGUGUAUUUCUUC